UUUAUUUGCACAAAUCAGUUUUUCAGUCAGCCAGUGACUCCACUUCUAGGCUUACACAGUGCCGUGGUUUAGAUGAUGAAAUCGAUAUUCAGCUGGAGAUCAUGCAGAAAGUCCACCAAGGGGUGGGACUUAUGAGGAAUUGAAACUAAAAUAAAGGAACUCUGUUUAGAUCUUUUCCCUAGCCUUAGCUGCAGUCCUCCUUUCUGACAAGGAUGUCUGGAGUCAGAGGAUGGACGGAAGGCAGGUCAUAUGGGACGGCAGGAGGUACAGGACGACGGCCACUUCCAGCACCCCAUUUAGGACAAGAGGGUUACCUCAGGGAUAAAAGCAAUCAAACAGAGGAGGCUGGGAAUUCCCAGCAGCUGAUGAGGUCUGGAGGAGAGCAAAAGAACCAACCAUCAACUUACCAACAACAGCAAGAGCAGCAUUUCAACUCAUAUGUCUUAAUAACUCCGAAUGAAAGCAGAAGAAAUCGGUUGCAGCAAAUUGCUAAGAAAGAACUAGAUGACCUGGAGCAGUGGAAGGAAAAGCACAGGCCAGGACCAAUUAAGUUGGCUCCACAGAGACUGGGUGGAAAAGAAUCAGAGGCUCAAGCAAGGCAAAAACAGCAAAUGAUGUUCGCACAAUCUAAAUACCAACAAAAGCACAAGAGAGAAGAAUAUAUGAAAGCAAGAAAAGCAGCUGAAGAAGCCGAAAUCCUGAAAAAGAAAGCCAUUCAGAGGGAAAAGGCAGAGAGACUUGAAGUUAAAAAAAGGCAACAAGAAAUGCAAAGAAGAGAGAUGUUCCUUGAAGAUCAAUUUCACAAAACCAAUGAAUUAUUGAACAGAUUGGACUCGGGUUUGCCAAAGAAUGAUUCCUGUCAGACUGCUAAUUGUGGUCCAGAAUCAACAGCAUGGGCUAGAAGCCGUAUAUAUAAGCGAGCUCUUCGAGAGGAUGAAAACAGAAGAUUGGAGGAAAUGAAGCAAGAACAACAGAGGAAGGCUCAAUUAAUGGAAUCAAAACAAAAGCAGAAGGAAGAAGCCAGGAUAAGAGCACAUCAAGAUGAACAGAGGAGAGUAAAUAAUGCUUUUCUGGACCGACUUCAGAAGAAAACACAAUCUAAUAACAUCAGCCAACCUGGAUAUUCUGGGAGUCUGGACUACUGCAGUGAUGGUGCCUGGGGGUCAAACUACUUGGAAUAAAGGAUUAAUGUUGCCAGAAGAAUACUAGAGAAAUAUUCUCUUUUAUCUGGCUUUGGCCAAAUGACCUUAUAAAAGCUCCAAGAAAGCCCUCUUUUAUCCGUGUGAUUUUUUUCCUAGCCUGAUUGCAUCUUCACACCCACUUCGUGAGUAAUCUGCAGAGACUGGUUUCUAGCUGUCAUUAUUCACACAUAUUUGAGGCAACUGGUUAUGAAAUUCCUAAUUAAUUUUUAAUAAGUGAAUGUGUCUUUUUUUUUUCUUUCCUUCUUAAAUUGUUUUGCCUUUUGCAGAAUGUAAUUAUGCUAGCCUUUAGGAUCUCACAAAAAGAAGAUGUUGCAGAAGCUGCAGAAAUAUCUGUGUUUACUUUUUACUGUGCCCAGCCUCAAAUUUCCAGUGACUUGAACAGCAAAAAAAAAUAAUAGUGCUCUCUUGUGGGAGCAAAGUGCUGCUGCUUUUUUGUUGAUGUUGCUUUUUGUGUUUUGGGGGUUUUGUGGGACUUUUUAAUGUAUGUUAAACAGUAGAGAGUCAAGGAGAAGCAAGUGUGUGUAUUAUAGAUGGGCUAUUUUGAAAAUGUGUUUAGAAAAGUACAACAUUAAAGAAAUAAAACUUUAAUACUGGAAACUUUUACACUGCAUUCAAUCUUGUACGCAUCAUUUUUUCACUUUCCCUAUUUUACCUUGUUAACUUCUGUUACACGAAUGGGGAGAAGUAUUACAAUCUCUAGUUAUCUCUAGUUUCUUACUCUUCUUUUCUCUCUAGUCUAAUGGAACUUUAUUUCCAUAUUCUUGUUUUUGCAAACAGCAACAUUUUAAUGUUUUCUGAAAGUCAGACUCACGACCUUGAUAGUCCUGAUGAAAAAGAAGGAUCCACAGUGUGUUAGAUGGGCCAUGCAGACAAGAAGCAUCCACUGUAUUUACAAGUACAUUUUAUGCAAAAUUGAAAGUUUCCCAAGCAAUAUUUUUUUCAGUAUUCAGGCAUGCCACACACACUGGUUUUCCAUAGCCCUUGCAACAUGGAAAUUUCAUAAUGCAUCACCUGAAGUUUUCUUCUGAACCUGUGAUGUUGCUGUGUUUUCUUUCUCCUUUGGGAUUCUCUGUUGUUGCCCUUGGUUAUCUCUGCCUCAGGGAAUUACUCUACCCUCUCAUACUACUAGUUAGCUGAUGUUGAUUCAAAGUGCAGGUUUCCCUAAUGUUCUGCAGUUUAGCCUUUUUUCAGGCA